AUGGAAGACAACAUUACUAAGCUAUGUCACAGUUCUAAGAUGAAUCUUUUCAGAACAGUAUUUACAAAACCACAAAUUAGCGGUUUGAUGAACAGUUUAUGCGGUGGAAUGAGACUACUAACCAUCCCUCCUGCGAUUCCAUCAAAAAUAUUAUACGAACGACAAAUAACACCUGAUAAAACCCCCGCUCAUCAUAAUAACACUCAAAUUGAAGAGCUGUUGAAAAAACAACUGUGUGACUACCCUCCAUAUAGUUCUCGGAAAAUUCGUCACGGCUUUCAGAAUGCCAUAAUGAUUCGCGAUUAUAAACGCAGACAAGUCGCUGCACACUUCUGUGAUUUACGAAUCAGACUAAAUGCAAUCAGGAAAAACAGAAUACUUCCUCAGGAGAUUCAAGACGAAGCCAGUCUUUACAUGUCUUCUUUACCUCGUGAUAGUAACUGGACACGCAUUUUAAGCAGAUGUGUCGUCACUUCAAGGAGACGAGGAUGCAAAACCCGUUGGAAGUUGUCGCGCAUUAUAUGGCGAAAAAUCGCUGACUACAACAAAAUGUCUGGAGUGCAAUGGGCUUGCUGGGGAUCAAACACGCAUAGCGUCAGAAGACAUAUGUCAUGGCCGCCUCCCAAAGGAAUCACAGUUGCAGAGUAUAUUCGCAGAUACUAUAAGAAUUUAGCUGAUGAAUCCAACAGUUAUGUAAGCAAAUAAAUGCGGUCAAAUAUACCACUUCAAAUAUAAUUCAGUUUACUUUUCAU